UGAUACUGCGCUAAAUAUUACACCGUUACAAUAUACUACACCGAGACUUCGUUCACAUAACUAUAUUUUCGCAAACAAUAAAAUAAUGAUAGCAGCUUUAAACAUAGUGAUACUUCUAACGCUUCUCUGCUAUUGCGAUGGAAUAGAAUUGACAUUCUGUAAGUCCACUGAAAAGGAUUUUAAAAACUGUUUGAAGAAGUCAGCGCAGGAAAUUAUACUGUUAUCGAAAAACGAUAUUCCUGAAUUUGAUUUGCCAAGUCUGGCUGUCUAUAAAACUCCGAGCGUAACAAUUCAGGCUGGCAUUGGAGCUGUAGAUUUAGUACAACAUUAUAAAAAUGUAGAAAUAUAUGGUGUGACCGAUGCUGUAGUAAAUGAUGCGUAUUUUGACAAAGAUAAGAAAAUAUUUGGUUUGACCCUAACAAUACCAAAAUACACUCAAAAAGCUGACUAUACAAUAGAAGGAAAAUUGCUCUCCGUACCUGUUGUAGGAUCUGGACCAUCCAUACUAGAAUUUGAUAACCUUCAAAUGAAAAAUGUCCUUCAUUUAGAAGAGUACCCCAGAGACGGCAAAACUUAUUACAAGGUCAAAUCCUAUGACUUGGAUCUGUCCACUACAAAACUUUACAGCCAUUUUGAUAACAUGUUUAACGGAAAUAAGCUGUUGGGUGAUAAUAUCAAUAAGUUAUUGAACGACGAAUGGGAAGUGGUUUUUCAGGAUACCAAAUCAGCAAUUGAGAAUGCAGUUAAAGCCAUUAUACAGCCUUACAUACAGCACUUCUUCGAUAAGGUACCAGCAGACGAACUAUUUUAGGAUUUUGAAGGAUCUAUGUGAAUUUUAUUUUACUUACGAGUACGUAAAAUUAUACUUUUUAUGUUGUUUGUUUUUGUAAUAAAGAAAUUGAAUAAUUGAGA